AUGGCUAGUCCAACUGUUCCCGACGCACCUUCCGUGCCGGAACCCACCACGUUGCGCCAAGACGCUGAUGUCGAGUCGUCUGUAGGCACAACUAGUUCAACCGACAUAGAACAUGCCGCGGUAAGUGACGACCCUCGUCAGUGGAGUUAUGCUAGAAAAACCACAACUUUGUGCAUCGUGUCACUGGCUACAAUGGUGUCUGCAUCAGCUUCUAACAUUCAAAAUCCUUCGAAUUCAUUGAUAGAAGCAAAUCUAAAUGCGACAAGCAGCCAGAUUAGUUGGACAUUGGCGGCGUUCCUAAUCAUACAGGGGAACUUUCCUCUAAUAUGGAGCGCCGCAAGUGAGAUCAAAGGUCGUAAGCCUGUCUAUUUGAUGGCUUCGGCUUUAUUCAUGGUAGGAAGUGCUGCGUUAGCGCUUUGCCAGACCAUCGAUGUGAUGAUCGGCAUGCGAGCAGUUCAGGCUGCGGGAUCAUGCGCUGUCAUGGCUAUUUCAGCUGCGACCCUGGCUGAUAUAUAUGACACUCAUGAACGAGGGACCAUGAUGGGCGUGUUCUUUGCUGCGCCUCUCUUAGGACCUGCAAUCGGCCCCAUACUCGGUGGUUCAUUGUCACAAGCUUUCGGUUGGCGCGCAAGCUUCUACUUCCUGCUGAUCUGUGAAGUCGUCAUCUUUAUGUCCUUCCUCAUCCUGUUCAAGGACACAUACCGACGUGAACGGAGCCUCACCUAUUGCUCUGCUUUACAACGGCUUAUUACCUCCAAAGAACUCAUUCAGAGUCCGAACGGAUCUAUCAUCGACGGUCACGAAUCCGGCAAGGACCAAACACAAACCGAGGACGUCGAGAAACAGCUCCAAACGCCAACUGUUACAGACAAUACCUCAGUGAUAACCUCUACGCCAGGGCUAGACGAUGUUAAACUAUCGAUAAGGGACAUAAACCCAUUUCCACCGUACUUUCGAAUCCUGUCGCGAAAGAACAAUGUUGUCAUUCUUAUCGCUAAUGGGCUCGUCUUCGGAUUUACAUAUUGUCUUUCAUACACGUGCUCUCGUACUCUCGCCAAUACAUAUGGUUAUAAAGCAUUUCCCAUUGGCUUGGUUUUACUUUGCUUGGGUAUAGGAAGUAUCUUUGGGAGCGUGCUUAGUGGGCGUUGGUCCGAUCGCGUGCUUGCGAAGAUGACGGAAGCGAACGGAGGAAAGUGGGAAGCAGAGAUGCGCUUAGAGAGCUCGAAACUGGCGAUGCUGUGGCUACCUCCAUUCGUCGUCGGUUAUGCUUGGGUAUGCGAAAAGCAUGUCAAUGUCGCCGUCAUUUGCAUCUUGCUCGUGCUUAUCGGAUUCUCCUCCAUAUGGAUGUAUACCAGCACAUUAGCAUACCUCGUUGAUGCUAACCCUGGUCGCUCAUGUCCAGCGGUGGCGACCAACAGCUCAUUCAGAGGAUCCAUAGCUUUUGUUUCGGUUUUGGUUGCUGUACCUCUACAAGAUGCUUUAGGAGAUGGGGGACUGUAUACGGCAUGGGCUGGCGUCUUGGUUGGGAUGGAGUUGCUCGUUUUAUUGGUGCUACACAAGGGUGAAUCAUGGCGCAGGGAAAGCGAGGAGCGCGAGUUGAAGUCAGGGAAUUAG